GCAUUAAUUGAAAAAGUGAUGCUGAGCUGCUAACACAAUCUGUGAGGAAAGUCAAUAGCACCCGAAACUAGACAACUUUUUGUAUUAUUACAAGGCAGGCUUCUUGUUUCCCAUGACAAAAGAAUUUCCCUUUGAGAGAGGUGGCCAUGAAUGCUUGCAUGCAUGCAUGGAAUUGGAUGCUGACGGGGGGAACAAUAAUGGGAAUGAUCAAGAAGAGGGUGGGAGGGAUGAGAACGUUUCCGGCGGGGUUUCUGAUCGCUGUUUUGGCGGCGGUGGUGGCGGCGGAGACUGUAUCGGGGAGAGUUGGUGGAGCUAUUGAGAAGCAGCCGCAGUGGUUCAACGAUGAUGGGAGCCCUGCAGCCUGUGUAGGAAGCGGCAGUGGCGGUGUUGGAGGCGGCAUCGGUGGUGGUGGUGGUGGCGGAAUUGGUGGAGGUGGUGGUGGUGGAGGUCAUGGCUUGGGAAAGCAUCAUCACAAGAAGGGAAAAAAGCAUCACCAUGAUGGAGUAGGGGGAGGUAUAGGGGGUGGCAGCGGUGGCGGUGUAGGUCAUGGAGGUGGGAUAGGUAAAGGGAAUGGCGGAGGUGGUGGUGGGAUUGGCGGUGGAUCGGGAGGUGGGACAGGUGGAGGGGGUGGGGUUGGGGGUGGUUCGGGCGGCGGCAUUGGUGGGGGUGGAGGGGUUGGUUGUGGGGUGGGUGGUGGAAGUGGAGGAAUGGAUAAAGGAAUUGGUUGUGGCCCGGGAGGAGGAAUCAGUGGCGGCAUCGGAGGAGGAGCUGGUGGAGGCGUAGGUGGUGGUGUUGGCGGUGGGUGGGGUGCCGGUGGUGGAUUUGGGGGCGGCGGCAGUUUCGGUGGAGGUGGAGCCGGCGGAGGUUAUGGUGGAGGAGGUUUUGGUGGAGGUAUUGGCGGCGGCGGCGGAGGGAAUGUGCCAAAGAAGCCAUGA